AAGCAUGACUCUUCCACACCACAGUUACAGGCUUACAGCCCACCUUCGUCAACCACCGCUCUUUCCCCUGCAAAACCCAGAAAUAAUUUCCCCCUCCGAUAAUAAAAAUACAAUCUUUUUCAGUUUUCACAAAUAUUACCUGUAAUCAGAAUCAUUUGGUGGAAAAAUACCGUGCGGUUGAAGCCAAUUUUGUCUUCAAGUCGUUGUGCUUUCACUAUCUGAUGAACCUCUGUGAAUCGUUAUUGUGACUCAGCGAUUCUCUUGUUUGACUCAUUCUGAAGCAACCCUUUUGCUAUUUCUGGUGAUGGGUCUUGGAUUCUUCUGUUGGAUUCACUGUGAUCAGCUCCUGGAACUGGAAACUGGGUUCUUGAAAUUCUUCUGAGGCAUGGUGUGUUUGGGGUUUGAUAUGGUUGAGGUUGAGGCUCAGAGGUUGGAGCUUUCGUUGGUUAAGAGGUGGGAGUUGAGGAUUUUGUUGAAGUGGUGGUGGGUGUUUCUGUUGUUUGUUAGUCCUGUGGUGGGUCUGAGACCAUUGAGGGACAGAACUAACUCGUGGGGUGAUGAGUGGAUUUUUGCAGGAAAAGAUGAAAGUGACGUAGGUCCAUUUUCACAAUGGAACAUAACCGGAACUUAUAGAGGGACUUGGAAGUUUUUAGAUACCACAAACGGCUCUUCCAGAUUUUCAGAAAUCAGAAAAAUAAAUGGAAAUUCUGUAAUUGAAUUAGUCAGUACGCCCACAAAGAUAACUGGUGUACAUUAUGUGCAGAAAUUAAUGCAGACGACCCAAGUCCAUUGAUAGGAACUCACAUAUCACAUAAGUAUUCCGUUGACAAGCCGUGUAGUAACUCUGUGGUAUAGACCACCUGAACUUCUACUCGGAGCUAAUCGUUAUGGGGUUGCAGUAG